GAGAUGAACGGAGAUAGAGCGCGCUCUGGGGGAAUAAUCAACCUUCGUAGUUGUGGAUUUCUCUGAGCGGAAACAGCAAGUGGAAGGUUUUCGUUUUUGAUUUUUGGAUUCGUUUUUGUUUUUUCAAGGGUUUCUGUAAGUGGUUUUUUUUUUCUCUCUCUGGGAUCUGUUGAAGCUUUUACUUGGUUGUGGCCAUGGCGGAGCAUCACGACCACGAGCAUCAACACGAGGAGCCUAAAGGUGAGUCCUUGCUUGACAAGAUUACCGAGAAGAUUCACGCUCAUGAUUCCUCUUCUUCCGAUUCGGAUGAUGACAAGGGCGACACUUCUGCUUCUUUCAAAUCUAAGAUUUAUCGCCUCUUCGGUAGGGAAAGACCCGUCCACAAGGUUUUCGGCGGAGGAAAACCGGCUGAUAUCUUUCUAUGGAGAGACAAAAAGGUAUCCGGUGGAGUUCUAGGAGGAGCAACAGUCGCAUGGAUUUUGUUUGAGUUGCUUGAAUAUCACUUCCUGACCUUGAUUUGCCACAUUUUAAUGGCCGCUCUAGCAGUAGUGUUUUUGUGGUCAAAUGCUUCUUUUUUCAUUAACAAGUCUCUGCCGCACAUCCCUCAAGUUCACAUUCCAGAGGAGCCAGUUAAAGAGAUUGCCUCUGCUUUGAGAGUUGAGAUCAAUAGGGCCAUCGCUGUCUUGAGAGACAUUGCAUCAGGAAGGGAUCUGAAGAGCUUUCUUUAUGCAAUUGCUGGUUUGUGGGUUCUGUCCGUUGUGGGAAGCUGGUUCAACUUCCUAACCUUGCUAUAUAUUGGAGUUAUCUUGCUCUUCACCGUGCCUGUGUUCUACGAGAAAUACGACGACAAGGUGGACACAUUUGCAGAGAAGGCGAUGGCCGAGAUCAAGAAACAGUAUGUAGUAUUUGAUGCUAAGGUGCUUUCUAAAAUCCCAAGAGGACCACUGAAGGACAAAAAGAUUGCUUGAGAGAGAUGCCCGACUGUUGUGGUAGUAGCCCUGUCGUUUUUUUCUUCUUUUGAUCUAAAUAUGCACAUUUGGUGGUAGGCUUUUUUGUCAUUGGCGUUCUGAAGUUUCAUCCAUGGAAGAAUCUGUCUUUUAUACUUGUGUUCUCAUCAGUGGGUUGGCAAUGUGGAUUAAUUUGUGGAUUGCUGAUAAAAAUACACAUGAUUUUGCUACAGUUUUAAGGCCCUCUUUUACAUGUAAGCCUUUAGUGAAGCACAAAUUUUAGACUUGUUAUAAUCAAUAUUGAUAGGGGGUUUCACAUAUAAAGUGAGUGUUUCAUUCU